AUGACGUAAUGUGCAGACCAUCAGACCAUCGACAGUUAGAGACAGAGCAACACAGUGAACAGCGAUUAGAAGCCGUUUUACAAAAAUUAGGAGUGAUUAUCAGCGUGUUUGAUCAAUUAACAGCAUUUUAGCAGCGCUUUAAUAACUUUUAAACAAUUUACAGUAUUCUACAGUAGCAGAUUUCACCACUCCGGGAUUGGUAGAUUUCCGCGAUGAUGUUGGACGACCAAUACGUCACCAUUGAGUAUAUUAAGUAUGAGAGCAAACCUGAGCCUCGCCCGCAACACCAGGCCAAUAACCUGUACAUCAAAAACCUCGACUGCACCAUCAAUGACGAAUGUUUGCGCACGGUGUUCGGACAGUUUGGGACCAUCAUGAAUGCAAAGGUGAUAACUGAGAAAGGACUGUCCAAGGGAUUCGGCUUUGUGAGCUUCACUUCUUCGCAGGAAGCCAUGACUGCCAAGAAAGCACUGCACGGCAGAAUGUGGGGCACUAAGCAGGUUUAUGUGGGAGUGGCAUUGUGAAAAGAGGAACGCCAGGCUCAGCUUAAACAUGAAGAGGCUCAGAAAAUGUUGAGCCUUCAGAACAAUGCACCAAAGAAACUGCAACAACCUGUGCUGCCUCCCUGCAACAAGAGCACCGUAGCUGUUGAGACGGCUCACUCUGUGGACCCUGUCCAAGCCAUCCCAGCCAUCACGACAGCUUCUUAUGAGGACACCGUCGAAGUCGACACAGCCAUCACAACAGAUACUUCUGAGGACCCUGUUCAAGCAGUCACUGACUUUGACUCAGCUUCUUCUGAGGACUCAGUCCCAGUCUUUGAGACAGCUCCACCUGAGGACAACGUCCCAGACUUUAAACCAGCUCCAGCUAUAGAAAGAGCUCCAGCUAAAGCUCCAGCUGCAUUGUCAGACACUGCUAAGGACACAGCUGCAGAUGAGGAUUCGUCUACAUCUGUGGCUAAUGUGGAUGAUGUGCAGCUGGACAACAGCACAAAAGAUACACCCACAUCUACACCAAGUGGGAAAUGCUUGACCAUCUAUAUGCUGGAGUCUGCGCUGCUAGACGAUCAGAUACAGAUGGCCUAUGACUACAUGCUUCCUCUGGUCAAGAAAAUCCACCCCUCUCUUGCCAGUAAGAUCACAUGGAUGCUAAUAGAGGGAGAGAACAACUUCGAAAUCAUGAAUAUGAUUAGUGAUCCUGAGCUCCUGUGUGCCAGGGUACAUGAAAUGGACUCCCUACUGAAGGCACGAGAAGCUGGUCACAAACCGGAAACCCUGAAGAUGCUGUACAGACACAAGACCAGCAGAAACAGGAAGAAGAAAAAUAAUAAGAAUAAGAGAAAUAUCUAGUAAAUAAUUAUUGUAAAUCUUCUACCAUUUGAAUAAAAAUAAAUAAAUUAAUUAAA